CGGCGCCGAGGGGCGGCCGGGCAGCGCCACCGCCAUGUCGCUGGGCGCUGGGGAGUCGGCAUCGGAGACGGGGGAUGACAGUCUGUCCGCGAUUACCUUUGACUCUGACUUUGAGACGAAAGCAAAAAGGAAAAGUUUCCGCAAACCUCCACCCCCAUCACCAAAGUCACCUUAUCACUCUAAGCCAAGAAAAGUGGCAUCCUGGAGAUCUCUGAGGACAGCGACGAGCAUGCCUCUUAGCAACAGAAUGUCCUUGACCCCGCAGAAGCUGUGGCUGGGAAGCUCAAAGCAAGGAAGUCUGACCCAACCCCUGAAGUCAGACCUCACCUUGGAGCAUGCAUGGACCAACCCCCCCAGCAGCACUCCCGACUAUCUGACGGAAGCUUUAAGAAUGAAGAGGUCCCAUCUCAGGCGUUCUGCCAGCAAUGGUCAUGUUCCCGGGACCCCUGUCUACCGAGAGAAAGAAGACAUGUAUGAUGAGAUCAUCGAGUUGAAGAAGUCAUUACACAUGCAGAAAAGUGAUGUGGACCUAAUGAGAACAAAGCUUCGGCGCUUAGAAGAGGAAAACAGCAGAAAGGACCGGCAGAUAGAGCAGCUUUUGGAUCCAUCCCGAGGCCCGGAUUUUCUUCGGACUCUGGCAGAGAAAAGGCCUGAUACCAGCUGGGUCAUUAACGGGCUAAAGCAGAGGAUUCUCAAGCUGGAGCAGCAGUGCAAGGAGAAGGACAAUGCUAUCAACAAACUACAGACUGAUAUCAAGACCACUAACUUGGAAGAGAUGAGGAUUGCCAUGGAGACAUAUUACGAGGAGAUUCACCGUCUCCAGACUCUGUUGGCAAGUUCUGAAACUACAGGAAAGAAGCCUCCGGUGGAGAAGAAAAGUGGCCUUAAAAGGCAGAAGAAAAUGAGCAGCGCCCUCCUGAGCUUGUCCCGGAGCGUCCAGGAGCUCACGGAGGAGAACCAGAGCCUGAAGGAGGACCUGGGCCGUGUGCUGAGCAGCUCCCCCACCAUCUCCAAAAUACAGGGUUACAUGGAGUGGAGUAAGCCCCGGCUGCUUCGACGGAUUGCAGAGCUGGAAAAAAAAAUGAGUUCAAUGGAAAGCCCACACUCACCCGCUUCAGAAGUGGUCCAGGCGAGCCCCCUGGCCGACUCCUCGUCCAGCUCCUCCGUGCACCGGCAGCCGCGAUCCAACCACCGCGAGGAGAGCGAGCGUCUUUGGGGGACCGUGAAAAGCCUGAAAGGCGAGCGGAAUGCCCUGCAAACCCAGCUGCAGGAGAAAGAUUUGGAAGUGAAGCAGCUACUUCAGACAAAGGCUGACUUGCAGAAGGAGCUGGAAAAUGUGAAGGAAGGUGAGAAGGAGAGAAGAGAAAGAGAGGAGGCUUUGAGAGAGGAAAUUCAGACACUUACCAAGAAGUUUCAAGAACUGGAAGAACUUAAGAAAGAAGAGACAGGUGACCCCGUGGAAAGGACUCCUGAGACCCGAGAAGAGCCCCGACCUUGCCAUGCCACCAGCAGUCCCUCUCAGCAGGACUCUGAGCCCGAUGCAAGUGAGGAGGGCUCCUCCCGGCCCCCCUCCACCGGAUCUGAGGGGAGAAGAGAUGCAGCUGCCAGGAUCCUGCAGACCCGGUGGAAGGUGUGCAGACACCAGAAAAAAAAGGCUGUUCUGGAUGAGGCGGCUGUUGUGCUUCAGGCAGCAUUCAGGGGACAUCUAGCGCGGGCAAAGCUCUUGUCAAGCAAACCGCGUGGUUCCGAAUCUCCCAGCGUGCCAAGCCUUCCCAGCCAGAACUCUCCAUUACCCUGUGUUCUGAGCCCCAUCGUCCAGGCCGAGGGCGACCCAGGGCAAGAGGAGGCCAUUACUGUCAUCCAGUCUGUUUUCCGGGCACACCUGGCACGGGCCAGGCUCAGUGCUACCAGUCAAAGAGCUCCCACUGCAGCGUCGACUCAGAGGAGAUCUGCUUUGGCUGCACACAGCGAACCUUCCUCUCCACCCAGCCCUGCAGCUUCUCUGGCCGAGUCCUCUCUCUCGGGGCUGCAGCCCACAGAGCCUCCACCGUUGGAUGACGUCAACUCUGACGACUCCGACGAGAUUGUCGUCGCUCCAUCUCUGCCAACGAGGAAAAGUGCCCCCCCGCCCUAGGCCCCUGAUCUGCCCUCACUUGGUGGUGA